GUGUGUCUCUGAAGCGGCGGUGCGUCAUCUCCCGGCGCUGACAUGGCGUAAAAACAAGGAGCCGGUGUGCGCGCGCAGCUUCUCCGAGUCAUGGACGACCCCCGACGGCGCAGCGGAGCACGCGCCGCGUCCUCGACGACCACGACGGCGACGAAGAUGAUGGCGGUGAUGAUGAAGAUAAUGAUGAUGAUGAUGAUGAUGAUGGUGGUGGCGCAUCCCGCGGCGACGUCCGCUGGAGCGCAGGACGCGGCGAUGGAGGAGCUGGCGACGGAGAAGGAAGCGGAGGAAAGUCACCGCCAGGACAGCGUCAACCUCCUCACCUUCAUGCUGCUGCUCACCCUCACCAUCCUCACCAUCUGGCUCUUCAAGCACCGCACUGUCCGCUUCCUGCACGAGACCGGACUGGCCAUGAUCUACGGGCUGCUGGUGGGCGUCAUCCUGCGAUACGGCAUCCCCGCCACCAGCUACCACAACAGGAGCCCCCCCAGCUGCUCCCUGGCCACGGGGCCCACCAGCAGCCUGGUGCUCAACGUCAGCGGCAGGUUGCUGGAGUUCACCCUCAAGGGCCAGAUCGACUCGGCUGACAUCCACAACGUGGAGCAGAACGACAUGUUACGCAAGGUGACCUUUGACCCCGAGGUCUUCUUCAACAUCCUGCUGCCUCCCAUCAUCUUCCAUGCGGGUUACAGCCUGAAGAAGAAACUUUUCUUUAGGAAUCUGGGCUCCAUUCUCACCUACGCCUUUCUGGGCACCGCCGUGUCCUGUUUCGUCAUCGGGAAUCUGAUGUACGGCGUGGUGAAGGUGAUGCAAGUACUGGGCCAGCUGAGUGACAAGUUCUACUACACCGACUGUCUUUUCUUCGGCGCCAUCAUCUCUGCCACCGACCCAGUGACGGUGUUGGCCAUCUUCAACGAGCUGCACGCAGACGGUGAUCUUUACGCGCUGCUGUUUGGCGAGAGUGUGAUGAACGACGCGGUGGCCAUCGUCUUGUCCUCCUCCAUCCUGGCGUACCAGCCGAGAGGCGCCAACACGCACACGUUCGACGCCGCCGCCUUCUUCAAGUCGGUGGGCGUCUUCCUGGGCAUCUUCAGCGGCUCCUUCAUGAUGGGCGCCGCCACGGGGGUGGUGACCGCCCUCGUCACCAAGUUCACCAAGCUGCACUGCUUCCCCCUGCUGGAGACCGCCCUCUUCUUCCUCAUGUCCUGGAGCACCUUCCUGCUGGCCGAGGCCUGCGGAUUCACGGGUGUGGUGGCCGUGCUCUUCUGUGGCAUCACUCAGGCUCACUACACCUUUAACAACCUGUCCCCUGACUCCACCAGGCGCACCAAGCAGCUGUUUGAGCUUCUCCACUUCCUGGCUGAGAACUUCAUCUUCUCCUACAUGGGCCUGGCUCUCUUCACCUUCCAGAAGCACGUCUUCAGCCCCCUCUUCAUCGCGGGAGCGUCCGUGGCCAUCUUCAUCGGGCGGGCGCUCAACAUCUACCCGCUGUCCUUCCUGCUCAACCUGGGCCGCAGACACAAGAUCUCAGGCAACCUGCAGCACAUGAUGAUGUUUGCGGGCCUGCGCGGCGCCAUGGCCUUCGCCCUGGCCAUCCGGGACACGGCCACCUACGCCCGGCAGAUGAUCUUCACCACCACGCUGCUCAUCGUCUUCUUCACCGUCUGGGUCUUUGGAGGCGGGACCACGCCCAUGUUGUCAUGGCUGCACAUCAGAGUGGGCGUGGACUCCCAGGAGGAGCAGCAGACAUCUGCAGAUACCUUCCACGUCCUUCAGGAGGAUGGAAGUGAAAGUAAAAGCAAGCAAGAAAGCGCCUGGCUCUUCAGGAUGUGGUACUCCUUCGACCACAAUUACCUGAAGCCCAUGUUGACACACAGCGGCCCCCCGCUCACGUCCACGCUGCCCGCCUACUGCGCACCCUUGGCCAGCUGCCUCACCGCCACCAGGUCCUCUGAGAACCACGAGCAGCCGAGGGACCCGGACUGCGACCUGAUCCGCAACGAUGGCGACCUGACCUUCACGUUCGGAGACACGGCCAUCGCCACAAACGGGGUGUCUGGCGACGGGGGGGCGGGAUGGAGCUCCAACGGACGAGGGAGCAGCAGCACGUCGGAGGAGGCCCUCCAGCGGGACCUGGACUCCAGGGAACUGAGCCGCGGAACCAGACUGGUCUUCCCCAUCCAGGAUCUCACUUGAACACACACACACACACACACACACACACACACACACACAUACACACACACACACACACACACACAGACAAAGAUGGCGGUCAUUCCUGAGGGAGGAGACACUUUUUGAUUUAUUUUUCUUCUGCCAAGGAAGGUUAAGUUUGCCAAAAUGAGCCAAAAAUGUCCUUCAUCCACUAGAAGAUGAUCACAAACAUGAAUUACUAAAAUCUUUAAUUUUGCUUCAUUUUGUGGGACAGAAGGAAACAAAUAAUGAUGUCAUCAAAAGUGUCCAUUUAAUAUGAAAUAUAUUGCAACUUCCUUUCACAAUUGAUUGUAUAUUAAUUACAGUCUAAUAAUAAACAUAUAAAUAUAUAUGUAAUACAUAUUACUUAUUUAUGUUAUAUAUAUUCUGCAGUUGAAUUAUUUCAAUUGAGUUCUUUCAUGUAUUGAUGAUUUAUUGAAUGUUUUCGUGUCAGCACUUGAGGAAUUGAUUUGCUGCUGUCAAAGUCAGUGGGCGGGUCCUAACACCUGAUUGGUUAGUCGCCACGUCCGCUUCAUUGCACUCAUUGGACGAGGUUCCUCUUAGCCCCGCCCACUGACACGUGAGCUAAAGGAUUACAUUUUGGGAAUGAUUUGACAAAUACUCGACUAAAUAUAGGAAUAUUUGAUUAAAGUGUGAAAUAAAGAAUGACGUUGUUGGAUGAAUAUGGACAUAAAAUGAUGUAUUAGAUUAAUAAAUGACAUAUUUAAUAACAUAAAUUUAAGCUCAUGACAUUUUCAAAUCAAAGUGUUCAAAAGUGCUUAUUUAAGUUAAUGACGUCGUUUUUCAUUGUGACUCUUAUUAUGGAUGCCUUACUAUUUGUUGUGUUUAUUGCCUGGCAGGAAAGACGCCAACAAAUAAAACC